AAGCAAAAGUCCCCAUCUGACGCAGGGCGGGUGCUGCAGUCACCAAGGCAGAGCUUUGUGGUGGGGCUCUGAGGUGCGUGGUCACCAGCAGGAGACAAAGUCAGUGUCAGAGCCACCACCGUUCGGGGGGGCUGGGGUGCUUUUCUCCCCUCGCAGCCAAUAAAAGGGCUGUGAAGAGGCACAUCUUCCCCUGCAGGAAGCGGGGCAGUCACGUCUCUCGCUGGCAGGCUCCUCUCGCGAAGCGCUGGAGAUGGCAGUAAGCCUCGCCUGCAGCUUCGCCACACUUUGCUGUUUAGCGCUCUGGGGCUUCACCAGGACUUCUGAUGGUACCUACAUACCACCACCUCAUUCAACCACGAAACCUGGCUUUCCUGUGCCUAUGGACACUGACAAUCCUGGUGUUCGCAAGGCAGCUCGCUUUGGGGUUUACCAAUACAACAACAGUUCCAACGACCUCUUUCUGUUUAAAGAAUGGCAAAUAAACAAAGCCAUGGUGCAGAUUGUCAGAGGGCUGAAAUACAUGCUCCACGUGGAAAUCGGCCGCACGGUGUGUGAGAAGAGGGAGCACUCCAGCCUGGACAGCUGUCACUUCCAGAGGAAGAAAAAACUGCAACAGAUGCUGAAAUGCUAUUUUGAGGUCUGGAUAGUGCCUUGGUUACAGAAAGCACACGUCCCUGUUGCUCUCUGCCAUUGACCCACCUUUUCCCAUGAGAGUGUGAUUUGCAGGGGAUCUACCAUCGUGAGUUUUUCCUUGUCUGGACUUCUGAGGCCAAAACUGAAGUGGGGAACAGCUGUACAGAAUCAACACAGAACUUUUCUCUCAAAGCACACGGUUGGUUGUUUCUACCUGUCCCUGAGGAAGAUGCUCAAAAUCUGAGUAAUGAAGAAAAGACUUGCCUUGAUCAAAUUUAUUGCUAUCCAGUUGUGUAUCUCUUUUUCUGAAACUAAACCACAGAUGAGAACAUGUUGUCAUUCAUUCACUAGAGAGCAUUUCACCGUCUUUGACUGAGAUUUCCAAGCAGUGUGAACAGACCCAGGAUGCUCUGUUGGACUUGCGUUGUAUGAUGAGUCUUCAUGCAGCUAUGAUAUAAACAAGCCUAAACCACAGCACACACAAAUUUAACACUGGAAAUCUUUACAAUAGGACAGUAUGCCUGGGGAUACACACACACGAGCGUUAAAGGGUCUCCAGAGCCAGAGAACAGUUUAGAUAUAUCUAUCAGGAAUGCAUGAGGUAGAGCUGUUCUUUCCUCAAGUCAAGAAUAUGGAUGAGACUGUCCUACGACACACCCAUAGCUCAAAAACAGUACAGCCUAAAUACUGUUUCUACAUUAAUCAAAAGCUAAUCUGCUAUGAAAGGGCAUCGUUGCAAAUGCUAAGACAAAUAAACACAAUCAUUUCCAAAGCAUAUUUUUGCUGAGGUUAUACAACAUAGUUUCAUUCACGUUAAUAUUCAGUAUUUAAUUUCUGUUUGUCUACAGCUUAUAUUGAAUUUUAGCAGAAUGAUGGGCUGGCCUAUGUGGGUGCCUUCCUCUCUUUAAGCCUUCACUCUUCAUGCAGAUUAUUGCUCACACAGGACUAAGGCCCCUAUUUCAUAGAAUCACAGAAUCAUUAAGGUUGGAAAAGACCUUCAAGAUCACCAGGUCUAACCAUCCCCCUACCACCAAUGUCACCCACUAAACCAUGUCCCUAAGCACCACGUCCAACCUUUCCUUGAACACCCCCAGGGACGGUGACUCCACCACCUCCCUGGGCAACCCGUUCAAUGCCUGACUGCUCUUUCUGAGGAGAAAUUUGGAAGGAUUUAGGUAACUAUUACCUUAGAACAGCAACAAAGCCUUGGCCUACAUUCAUUCAUAUAUUUAUAAAUUAAUAGGGCCCUGACCUAAGCUAUAAACAUCCCUUUCUUUCCACAAAUACACCCUUGCUUCUCACAGCUGUUGCUUUUCGCUCUAUUGCACCUCCUAUUAGCAGGGGCACCCCCACUUUCAGCCUUUUUAACGAUCAUUUGGUCAAGAACGGCCCCUGAUGGGCUCCAGGCCAAGGUCCAAGGACCCUGAAGCCAGACGGGCUGUUCACAGCACAGCUGAGGCUGCUCUGCUCGUGGUAGUAGUGCCACAGCAAGCCUUUGCAGGCAGAUCACUUGACAGUCGACUCAGAGUCAAUUCCCCAUUUGUUAAAAAACAAGAGUUAAAGCCAGAUGCAUCUGGCAUCACACAGGUUGACAAACACAACGUGCCCGUGCUGCUGUCCUAAGAAAAAUGCAGCAAGAUUGUUCAGACAUUUCUAUCCAAACAGGCUAGUUUGGAAGCAAAGGAGAGCUGCAUGUUUUACACGAAACUAUUGGCAGCACUUCCUACAGCACAGAUGAGUUCUUUGCAACCAAGUCAGCAGGAAAGCAGGCAAGCACCUUCUGAGAAAGAUAGAUAUGCUGCUGCUGCUAUAAAUAUAAGCCUAAGUGUUUACUGUAACAUUACAAUAAGCAAGGCACGCUGGAAUAGCAGCAUAUGUCAUCUCCAAGUAGAUAACAGUUAACAUGACCAACGGAAGGAGCAGGGCUAAAGCCAGCUGAGCUCUUAGUCCACCUCCGAGCACCUCAAGCACCUCACUAGGGAAGGAAUUCAGCAAUUAAACAGUCUCCCAUCAGGCAGACACUACCAGCUGCAGUUCUUUUAGGUCAGUGCUAAGUACCACUGAGUCACAAUGACGUCCAGCAGUCAAGCUGAAGUCUCUGCCCAAGAUGCAGUCUUGCUAGAAUUUACACCAAGGUUAACUGUUUACCAGUUAAUACUGAGAGUUCAUACCUUUGCAGAGGCUCUGACAUCUAUUCCUGCCAACAAAGACAAUUACAUAAAAAUAAAUACAUCCAAUAAAAAUGUAGAGCCUAAGGAGAGAAGGAAGAGUUGUUCCUGCCAGCCCCAGAUGCCAGAGAAAAAGGAACAAUCCCAGCAGCAGCACUAAGAGCUCCUGGGAAAACCAAAGCUGGUACUUCAGAGGAAUCUGUUCAUAUAGGAGCAUUACAAGCAAGCUGAAGGAGCAGCUUCCUUUGGUUUCAGACAGUGCUCCCAGCAUGCUGGAAGCACAAGUGCUUGGUGCAUUACAAAUUUUCUGAGCUCGUCUCCUUAUGAGGAUGCUUAGCCUCUUCUGGACUAGUGUUCCCUAACAGCUCUGCCACAGAGAGGGAUGGGCUGCAGGCUGAGGAGCCCUUUGUGCACCCAAACCAAGCCAGCCUACGUUUCCCCAGAGCUUCGCAGUGCCUAGUGAUCUGCACUGUGAUCUGAGCGGGUCAGUCAAAACUCCCCCAUUUUUGUUCAAAAGCUUUGCUAUGCAGCUGCUUCCCCCCACACUCCCACUUAUUGAUUACAUAGGAAACAGCCUGCCAGCUACCAAAAUAAAUGAACUCUGACUGACAUACCACUUCGCAGUCUCUUCACAUCAGCAGCUCCACAUUUUGGACACGGCAGGCCUUUAUAUAUCAGUUGUCUGUCAAGUUGUGAAAUUAGGUACACCCAGAACCUGUUGGCAGCUGGAGUGUCAUGCAUGGAGUUACACAGAACCAAGAUGAGGUUUAACUAGCAGUGGCUCUAUAUGGAGACAUGACUUUCUGCUGGCUGGGAGGAAACCACUUGCAUUUAGGUCACUAUGACAACUUACUGCUAAAUUUUUCAGUCCGUACCUCAAACGAAGAAGCAAAAUGAGCUACAGUCAGUCCCGUGUGGUUAUUCUUUUCUAGCACCAGCUUUUCUAAGCAAACGAGAUGAGAAAGUCUACGUGUCAGCAUCACAAGAUCUCUGUUGUGACCACUGUCCAGACAGACCCAGAAGUUUAGGAGACACCAUCCCACCUGCAAAGGCCACUGCUGCAAAGCAGACUCAGCUUUAAAGGAAGCGGAUUUGGACCAUGGCCUUCCAAUCAAUUUUAUCAUCUGUUUGCACUGAAAUACCAACCUCUGCAGAAGUGUCAUGGGUAUUAUGUAUACAUGCACCAUCUUCCAGCAGCUCUACUGUAUGCUUGCUCCAGAAUAGGGACAGGGCAGUUAGCUGGGGAAUAACAUCUUAAAUAGCUUCAGCAAAAUUUCCUGACAUUUUUGCCCUGCAGAAACAUCCAUUCCACCAACAAAGCAAAAACAUGGUGAUACAAAACGUAUCUUUAAAAUACACAUCUUUCAGGAGACUGGGCACUGUUUUCUAGUUCUAUAUCCCAAAGUUUUGGAGAAGCUUGGGUGAAACACAGAAAGUAACCUCAGAACCCUCUCGGAGUUGUGCAGAGAGGGUUUCUGCCCUUCUUAGGAAGCCACAGAGCCUUUCUCCUGACACCCAAAACAAUCUUGUCCUGACAAGAUCUUUGAACACUGCUGCAAAUGCUCCCGCUUCUAGAGAAGUGCCAGCCCCAGAGCUGCAAAGGUGUCAUGUUCCUGCACUGGCAUCAUGAAGAAAGAGAAGGCAGAGCUGUCUUUUUUCCAAGCCUCACUUCCAGCUUUCCCUGUUGCUCACAGCGGAUGUGUCAGGAGCCACCUGAAACCAUAACAUGCCACUGACUCACACAUCAGUGGAAGCAGAAUGAGCCUGUAAAAGCAGGCUUCUCAUUAGCACCAAAAGGAGUUCAUGCCAGUUUGUUACACAGGCAUGUUAAUGCUUUUGCAUUACUCUGGGACGGUUGCAUUUGAGGAACUAGCAGCAAUCACAAGCAUCUGAGCUUCCACGAAAACGCUGUUCUUAAGAACCAUUCAUGGUGAGGCAAUGAAAGAGCUGUGUGUCAACCAACCUGUUUCACCUGAGCUCUGCAGCUACAGACCAUCCCACUUCUGCUUACCAAGGAUGGACUGCCAGCACACAGCACCAGGAACGGGAGCCAACGCCACCUGAGCUCAGGAAAGGCACUCCUUUGAGCCUCUGCAGACUUUGGGUCUCUUUGGACUGGAGCUAUGCAGACCCUGUGUUCAGAUACACACCAGAAGAGCCUUUAGAAGCACAGUGACACCUCUAGCUGGUACUGCAAUUCCACCCAGGUGCCUGCUGAUACUGCAGCCACCCUCAAUAAGUGGCCCCCUUUCAAUUUUAGUGGCCAUGGAAGCACUGGCAGUCUUGGGCCAGGAACCUCUCUUAUCAGGAAGAGUCAAGCAUACCAGCUCUUUCCUAGACAUGGUGCCUUACAUGCCACACUUCGGAUUGAGCUUGAACUCCCAGGGCCAAGCACAGUGCUGAAAAACCUUGCAGAAAAGUUUCAGGUCAUUAUCAAAACACAGGAGACAGCCACAUCACCUCUCUGAAGAAAAGGUUAACUCAUAUUUACGUCCAUAAUAUUUCAUUUUAGCUGAGGAUUUAAACUUCUUGUGACAAACAAAAUACCAACAGCCUGGCUAAAUCGCAUGCCCCCAUGUAGUUUGUUGCUCAGUUGUGCAGCCUAUCACCGCUUUACAUUCAGUGCUUUACAAACUUGAAUGGUAUUUCUGCUUUUGUACAAAGGGAACAGCAGACCAGACUUGUACCCCAUGAACUUUCCCUAUUUACAGGAGCUGGGCAGACAGGUUUUAUGCAAUCUGAAAAAUUAAACUGAGGAGAGCUCCACUCAUACCCUCUGUCCAAAGGCUAAACUUCUAGACAAACUCAUUUAGACUGCAGCUCUUCAGCUACUUUCCAACCAAGCACAGACAAAACCAGCAAUUUCUGUUGCCAGGGGGACACAACAAGAGGCAGGGCAAAACAACAGACGCUACAAAGACUUCUAUGGGGAUGAAUUCCUGCUUGCCUCUGAAGCCCACUGCCAGAACUCACCUCCUGCCCACAGGUCAGUGCAGGGCCUGCCUUUCAUCCACCUGCAGUUAUUUCUAAAGCAGCAGUGGCUGGAGGCCCACUCUGCCCAGCUGGAGAGGUCCAGCCAGCAAAAAACCUGUACCACCAACCAGCAAGGAGAGGAAGGAACUGAACUUCCCUGAGAUGCAGUGGCCAACAUGGAUCCCAAGUGCUCAAGGCAAUCUUAAAAGGGAAUCGGUUGCACAAAAGCUAUUACGUGUGGCAUGUCUAAACAACCGAGGUCCAUUUCCCUACAAAAGACAGCACAAGUUAUUCAGUUAGAUACUUUCGCAAGCACUAGAGCUAACUUCGCAAAAACAGACAAAGCUGUGCUUGCCUCAAGGCCACCAAAGCACUAACCUGAAACAAGCCCCACAGCAACCUUGCUCUUGCACCCCUGAUUUAAAAGCUCUCACCAAGUUCAAUCCUCAUGUCCCAUGAGACAGAAAAAUAGGCUAACAAGGGCUAGCAGAACAGCGCUAGCCAGCUGCUCCUUAAACAGCCUGCCUUUUUUCCAGGAAGAGAUGGUGCAAGAGUGUCCCAUUCGCAGCCCUUCUUCAGCAUUCCCAUAGCACGAGUCCAUCAGGCAGGUCACACUUCUCAGCCUUUCACUUGCCACAGAAUCACUCAAUUCUCUUUCCACAAGUAAUUAAGAAAGGGCUCAGCCAGACCAAAGGCCAGAGCCUUCAGCAACUCAUCUGCCAGGCUUCUUUUUCCUCUUACUGAGCUUCCUCCCAAAUCCAGUAGCCACUGGAAUAAGCAAAAGGGCUGGUGAGCGUGACCAGCCCCUAGCCCGUAUGGGAGCAAGUCACCCUGAUCCAGCACCCACCUGCUACCUGCCACAGGGCUGCUGCAGUCUGUAGUAACACAGCAUGAAGUGACAGAGCUCUGACAGAAAGCAAUCACCUUCUGUGCCUGUCUCUGUUACAGGAGGGAUAUGCAAAUGGAAGCCAGUGAAAGCAGAUGACACGUUAAACAUCAUCUUCCGUUUCUCUGGUGCUUUUCUUUAUACAUCAAGCAAAUCUUGGUUAUUUCCUUUUCAAAGGUGAGAAAACGGAGCAACAGAGUUAGUCUAUGUUUGACUAUCACCCAGUGGCAGAAAGAGAACAAGCAGUAAUCUUCAGUCCCGGAACAGGAAUCAAUGCACUAAAAUCACACAGCUGCUAAAGUAACACCAUGAAAUUCCUAUAUAAGGUGGGGAAAAAAAAUUAAUGAAAGUGUAAACUGAACAGCAUUUCCUUUGCAGUGCUUGUAAGAAAAUCAUUUCUUGGAUUCACCAGACUAUCUGUCAAUGCAGGAAGUACAUAAUAUCCUCUGGAAAUGCCAGGAAGCAUCCAUGAGCUACUACCCCAUUUCAAGAUUUUCCUCCAAAGCCCUCCUCACCCACUAUUAUUAGAUUUUACACAGGACAUUCCAGUCCAUAUCCACCCUCACAUAAGGACCUUCACCAAAACCUUCCCCUCUUCUCCAUAAAAAGCAUGCUGAAGCAUUCCCUUCCCUCCCUUAAAAAGCAUUCCCUUCCCUCCCAUGCCCCUCAGAAACGGCCACCUACGUAAUGAACAGGACACUUACCGGACCUGAUAAACAUGGAGGUAAUACUCUAAGUGACCCACUUUAAACCCACUGGAACUAGUCUUUAAUAACAUUGAAAAUGCAACUUCCAUUCAUCACUCAACUACAAUGCUAUAAAAAAAAAACACACAGGAAUCCACAGAUAAUGAUCAAAUUAGAUUCUUCAUGUUGAUUAACUGUUUACUGCAGUUUCUGAUGUUGAUUACACAGGCUGGAAUUGAAGAAACCUGAAUGGUAUAACUAUAUUUCUAGGCACGUUCUGGAUGUUGCUGUCUCUACCACAGCACCAUGGGAUGACAUUAGAACAUGCAGCGUAAUCAAUCCUAAACAGUUGGCUUUAAAACAAACACGUGCAAGACACCCUCUUCAACCCAAAUCAUACACGAUUAAAUUCCAUACAUCAUAAAUCCUUCCAGCAUAAGGAAGACGUACAGUUGCAUUAAGGGCGACAGAUGAUGUCUUUUUAAGAAAACUCCAAACAGGGUUGGGUUUGUAAAAGCAAUCAAUUUUGUGUGAGCAUAUAACCGUACGAAGAUGCCCCACCGUACGUUAAUAUGCAUGCCAACUCCAAAGCAAGAGCAGUCAAACCAUGAAGAGGACAGA